AUGCCAUCCGUGUACAGACGAAAGCCUGGCAGUCGUCGAUAUGUCGACUACACCCAGGCAGAUUUAAAAAAAUGUCUGGAUGCAAUCCAAUCCAAAGUGCUCACACAAAGAGCGGCUGCAGAGUUAUUUAAUAUUCCUCGCAGCACUUUGAAAAACAAAUUAACCCGGAAACACCCUAACAAACCAGGUAAACCUACAAUUUUUACUGAAGAGGAAGAAAAGGCGUUUGAAGCUCACAUAACUGCCCUUUGGGAAUAUGGGUUUCCGCUGACAGCAUUCGACCUAAAAAUGAUAAUCAAAAAUUACCUUGAAUCCCAGGGAAGAGUUGUAAAAAUUUUUAAGAACAACAUUCCUGGUAAAGACUGGUUGGCUUCUUUUCUUUCACGACAUCAAUCUCUUUCACGGCGACUUGCUAACAAUAUCAAAAGAGUCCGAGCUCAAGUGUCGGAAGAUGUCAUUUCCAAUUUUAUAGAAAACAUCGACAAAGAACUAGAAAGCGUUCCACCCGAAAACAUAUUCAACUACGAUGAAAGCAACCUUUGUGAUGACCCAGGAAAAAAGACUAUAUUAUGCAGAAGAGGAACAAAAUAUCCGGAAACAAUAGUAAACGCUACAAAAGUUAAUUUUACUGUCAUGUUCUGUGGCAACGCCGCUGGGGAAACAGUUCCACCGUUCAUCGUUUAUAAGUCGGAUCAUCUCUGGUCGACUUGGACUGAAAAUGGUCCCGAAGGCGCUCGAUAUAAUAGGACAAAGAGCGGAUGGAUGGACAGCGCAACUUUUGAAGACUGGUUUCUCAAUCAUCUUAUGCCAGUUCUUAAGAAGAAAAAUGGUAGAAAAGUAGUGAUUGGAGACAACCUUGCUUCACACAUUAAUAAAACAGUUUUGAACGAGUGUGAGAAGCACAAUGUUAGUUUUAUUUGUUUGCCACCCAACGCUACACAUAUACUUCAGCCACUAGACGUCGCAUAUUUUCGACCUUUGAAGUGCAAGUGGCGGCAAGUAUUGCUUCAAUGGAAGAACAGUCAACUGGGUAGGAAACUGUCGACUACACCUAAGGAUCAGUUUCCACGACUAUUAAAAACGGCUUUGGAUUCUUUGACCGAGACCAAGGCGAAUUUGAUUGCUGGUUUCAGAAAGACAGGCAUAUACCCCAUUGACAAAGAGGAGCCUUUACCUAGAUUACCCAAACAAGAUCGAAUAAUAAACGCAGGUCUUAUAGGGAACUCUUUUAUGCAUACAUUGGUGCAGUACCGAGCUGAGGCGUGCCCAGAACCGAAAACAAUUAGGAAAAAGAAACUUAAUGUGCCACCUGGAAAAUCAAUCUGUGCCACUGACCUUGCAGAAGCAGGUCCAUCGGGUUUACAGCAGGCUAAAACUAUAAAGGAAAAGAAAAGGGCAACAAAACGAAGACAACGUAACGUCUCUUCAUCUUCAAGCUGCAGUGACAGGACCAUCAGUCUAGCUUCUUCCACUGAAGACCACAUAAUGCCUUAUGACUCUGAGGAUGAUGUUCUUCUGGCCAACUAUGUGAGUCAGAUUAGUGAUACUGAUGCACCUACAUUUCGACAUUCGCCUGAUCUUCAGCAGGAGAGUGAAGUAGAAGAGGAGUGUGGCUCUCCUGUUCUUCAAGUAAUAGAUGUAGAGCAACAGCUGUUUGAUGUUUUUAAAGACUUCACUCCCAUUCAAUCUAUUGAGGGUAUACAGAUCGUUGAAGAAAAAUGUAGUGAAAGAGAGAAAAUGCAGGUAGUUGUUGAAGAUUGUCAAGACAAAAACUUGCGGGUCUCGCCCGCACGUCAAAUCAAAAAGUUACCGCAGGAUACAUUAGAGCCACCAGGUUUUCGAGGAGGUUCACUUGAUCUAGAUGUUGUUGUAGGCAACCAUGUUCUAGUAACAUGGAACUCACGCAAAUACCCAGGUAAAGUCUUAGCAGUUUCAGAGGAAGGAGCCUUUAUAACGUGCAUGAAAAAAGGUAAAAUGUACUGGCGGUGGCCCACGAUAAAAGAUGAACAACUUUAUGGUUGGGACCACAUAUUGUGUAAGAUUGGACCUCCAAAAUUGGAGAAAAAGGGUUGUUUCUCGGUUCCGGAAAUGAACGUGUAA